GAUGACUUUUCUUAUGACCCGCAAUACUUCACAUUAGAUGUAAGAUUCAUGUUCGAGCCACCUAAUUCAACCACACGGUUGCUCUUCCUGUAAAAGUCAAGGCGUGUAUAGGCAUCAAUACAGUUUUAACUAGUUCUUCGUAUAAAGUUUUAUUCGUUAAUUAAUUUAUUCAAAAUGGAUGAUGUCAAUGAUCAGAUGUAUCGAGGUAGCUUGUAUCCAGUUAUAGUGUCAGCUGAAACCAUCACCAAUGGUAAUCAGAAUAGAAUAGUUCAGGCUCCAGGUCCGACUCUGUUACAAACUCCAGGUCCGACUCUGUUACAAACUCCAGGUCCAACUCUGUUACAAAUUCCAAGGACCAGAAAAGACCAGACAGAAUUCAUUGGUCUAAUGGACCGUAGGACGAGACGACAAGAUCAACAACAACAGAGAUCAAGGAGGUGUUCAUCCCCAGGACCCUGGAUAUUAUUUAAAAUGGUCUUCAUUGCAACAACAGCUUUCUUAGCAGCUGCUUUGAUAUGGAGAAACUUCAAUUACGAUGGCGCCGAUACACAUGAGCAAGCUAGGGGCUUUCUAUGUGUUAGACAGUUUUUCAAAUAUCUUAGAACUCCAGCGGAACAAUUCGCCUUUGCACGUGCAACGUAUCAAAUCGAAGAGGAGGAAUCGGUGAAAACUAACGAAACGGUCAGGGGAAACAUAACUUGUCACUUUCAUUGCUAUGACAACCAGACGGGAUUUAAUACAUCAGCACAGAAUUUACCAUUAGCUACGUCACCGAUUCCGCCAUGUCUAAAAGUGUUCCUUCCUACCGCAAAACGAAAAUCGAUGGAAGCAGCCACCGUCGGUAGUAUACAUUAUCACGGAUGCUGCCAAUCCCAGACGUAUUUUCAGUCCCCUCCGACUGCGGAAGGUACUGACGGGAAAGUGAAAACGCUAGCUACAUUUGGUAACAGGAGCCAGUAUUUCAAAACCCAAGAUUGCAAACAGGUUUCCGGGUGUACUGGUUGUACCUGCACGACUAUAAUGGAAGUAUUUACAGCGCUAGUAAUAAACAGGUAUGGCGGAUUACAACUAUCGGAUAUUAAGCUGAGAGGCUGCUGCAAAUGUUUCAGGGGAAGAUAAUCCUAGAAUAUACUGGAAUCAGACUAGUAAUCUUUUUCGCGUUGAUUUUAAAAGACAGAAGUCUAUUAUUCCGAAACCGACUAUUCAUAAAUUCAUGAACUAAAUUUAUUGUCAGGAGAUCAGAAAAGGAUAAAUGUAAAAAAUGUAGUCUAUGCUUCAUAUUAUUCUUUUGUUUAAAUUAUAGAUAUAACUGCUAUUUGUAUUAACAGAGCACUGCACGGUUCAAUUUAAAUGCAGACGUCACGAAAAGAGAAAUGCAUAUUUUGGUUUUUAAUAUUAGAAUAAAAUGUGAUGUAAAGGUAUAAAUAA